AUGUCAACCUCGUCCUGGACUUCAUUCCUCAGAUCAAUUGCCUCGUAUAAUGGGGAUCUUAGCUCGCUUACUGCGCCACCUUUUAUCCUAUCUCCCACAUCUCUUUUGGAGUACUCCCAAUAUUGGGGCACUAAUACAGAGUUGUUGGUUGCUCCUGCCUCUAUGACCGAGUCCGUUGCGGACAAUGACGAUCCUAUUGAACUAACCCGACUGCUUGCUGUUAUCAAGUGGUUUUUGGCCACAUUGAAUACCCAGUAUGCUUCUCGUAUACGGGGGAAUCACAGUGAAAAGAAGCCUCUCAAUCCCUUUUUGGGUGAGGUGUUUGUCGCCAAGUUCAAGGAUCAAUCUGAUGACAAAUCACUUGGAGAUACUGAGGUUAUCUUGGAACAGGUUAGUCAUCAUCCUCCUGUCACAGGCUAUGCGAUGUUGAACAGAAAGCACAACACUCUUCUCGAAGGUUACAAUGGUAUUCGGGCCUUUAUGAGUACUACUGCUCUAAAUGUUCGACAGUAUGGUCAUGCUGUGUUGGAAUACAAGGAUUUGGACGAGCAAUAUCUAAUAACUCUUCCACCUCUUCAUUUGGAAGGGCUUCUUACCGGAUCUCCAAGAGUCGAAUUGGAACAAAAGUCCUACAUCCAGGCUUCCACCGGUUACUACGCUGUGUUAGAGUAUUCCGGCAAGGGAUAUUUCAGUGGUAGAAGUAACACGUUCAAGUGCCGUAUCUAUAAAAACUACGAGCAGUCCUUGAAUAAAGCGAAUGCUUUGUAUACGGUUUCAGGUCAGUGGAGCAACACUAGCACCAUAGGCAGAGGUCCUGAAACACCUUCUAGUGCAGGUCUCAUGUUUUUGGACAUGAACAAAGUGAAGUCUGAGAAACUGGUGGUCAAACCAAUUUCAAAGCAGCACCAUUUGGAGAGUAGGAGAGCUUGGCAGAAGGUAGCCGAGGCUAUUACUAAGGGAGACUACAAAGUGAUUUCUGACGAGAAAUCGAAAAUCGAAAACCACCAACGUGCUUUGCGGAAACGUGAAGAGAUUAAUGAGAGUGCCUGGGAAAGAAGAUGGUAUGACGACAUUGAUUAUACGUCGGAAGAGCACCAAAACGAUAGGUACAUCAAGCUCUUUGAAAUGGCGCAUCUUUCUGCCAAAAACGUGCCUUCUGGCGUUCGGGAUACCAAUUCCAAGUACCUCAAUGUGGAUACAAAAACUCAUUGGAGGUUCAACUUGGCCAAGUUCAACGCAGAGAAGAUAAUUCAUUGCUGA